AUGAGUACCCAGCCACACACUGUGACCAAGGCAGAGAUCCCUGGUCAUGUUCUUUACACCGUAGGAACGUGUGUGCUCAUUAUUGGCUCCAUUGGCAUCAUUGGAAACCUCCUAGUCCUCUAUGCAUUUUACAGCAACAAGAAGCUGAGGACUCCCCAAAACUACUUUAUAAUGAAUUUAGCUGUGAGCGACUUCCUGAUGUCGGCUUCUCAGGCACCCAUGUGCUUUGUCAACAGCUUGCACAGAGAAUGGAUACUUGGAGACAUAGGCUGUAACUUGUAUGCUUUCUGCGGGGCUCUCUUUGGGAUAACCUCGAUGAUGACCCUGCUGGCUAUCUCUGUGGACCGCUACCUGGUGAUCACAAAGCCCCUGCAGUCCAUCCAGUGGACCUCCAAGAGACGCACCGUGCAGGUCAUCGCCCUGGUGUGGCUCUACUCGCUGGGAUGGAGCGUGGCUCCGCUCCUCGGCUGGAGUUCCUAUGUGCCUGAGGGCUUGAUGAUAUCCUGUACAUGGGACUAUGUAACCUACUCCCCUGCAAACAGAAGCUACACCAUGAUUUUAUGCUGCUGUGUGUUUUUUAUCCCCCUGGUAAUAAUAUUCCACUGCUAUUUAUCGAUGUUCCUGGCCAUAAGGCGUACUGGCAGAGAUGUUGAAAAGCUGGGGUCCUGCAGCCGGAAAUCCUACCUCUCUCAGUCCAUGAAGAAUGAGUGGAAGCUGGCAAAAAUUGCUUUUGUGGUCAUCAUUGUGUUUGUCUUGUCCUGGUCUCCAUAUGCUUGUGUCACCUUGAUUGCCUGGGCAGGUCGAGGCAACAGCCUAACACCAUAUUCCAAAUCUGUGCCAGCAGUUAUUGCCAAAGCUUCUGCAAUCUACAACCCCAUCAUUUAUGCAAUAAUUCACCCAAGAUACAGAAAAACCAUCCACAAAGCUGUUCCCUGCUUGAGGUUCCUGAUAAGAAUAUCAAAGAAUGACCUGCUGAGGGGAUCCAUAAAUGAGUCAUCCUUCAGGACCUCUCUCUGCAGCCACCACUCUCUUGCUGGCAGGACUAAGAGCACUUGUGUUUCCUCUGUUUCUACUGGAGAAGCUACCUGGAGCAAUGUAGAGCUUGACCCUGUGGAGCCAGCUCAAGAGAAGCUGAAGCCUCGCCGAAGUCAUUCUUUCUCCACAAGUCUGAGCCAAGAGAAGAGAGACCUGCUCCCAAAGACCUGCAGCUGCGAUGCAGCCGCUGCCCAAAAGGUUUCGCUCUCCUCCAGCUGUUUGGAGAAGGUGCUUGGGCAGCCUGUCCUACCCAGUCCUUCUGCACCACUCAUGACCAGCUCCCUGAGAGCAACUUCUCUGCCUGUCAGAUUGAAUAGCAGCAGUGUCACCAGUGGAGACUCAAGUACUUCCCAUAUGGCAACUCAAGGAAGUCAAGUGAAUGGAGUUGUGGAUUCUCUCACUAGCAAUGCAGUCCCUCGCAUCAUCAUCAUUCCUACCUCAGAGACCAGUCUGUUUCGGGAAGAACUGGAAGAGGAAGAGACUGAAUUAUUCCACUUUCAUGACAAAAAGGGAAAUCUGCUGGACUUGGAAGAGCUUAGCUCAUCCAUGGAGUUCCUUGAAGCUGUUGAGAAAUUUCUAUCCUAAGAUUGUCAAAAGAAAACUUUCCGGUAAUUAUUUUCUUGGCAUCUUCUCCACUUAAUUAUACCAAAUAAUUGAAGCCUUGUAGGUUAGAUCAUCAGGGUUUUUUUGUAUGUUUAUAUAGUAGUCACUAGGCAGCCUCCAGAUUUAUCUUUGUCCAAACCAGCUCUGGCAUGGAAACAGGCUUUCUUUCAGAUUGUGCUGCAGGAAAUGAGCAGUGGAAGAUGUGGCAGCACGAUCGAGUGGUGUUGGUCAAAGAGGCUGCCUGAUCUGUUGCCACUGAUGGGGGUGCCAGCAGCAGGGGAAACGACUGAGAGCAGGGUCAGCUGCUGAAUGCUUCUGCUAUCUGCACAUGGAGCAGCAUUCCUGUUUUGGCAGCUCUGCUCUGCACAGCCAUGGGAAGCACCAUGAGACCACAGCUUCCACCAGCCCCAGCAGUAAGGCAGAUGGCUACAUGACCUCAACCAGAGUUUAAUCCAAUCAUUCUCAGCAGUGUUUUUGCUGUGUUUUAU